AUGUAUUUUAAAAAUAUUUCAACAAAUGAAUCUCGUGAAGGACAUUCUACUAGAUUCUUCUACGGAAACUCACAGACACAAAAAUCUGACGAAAAUUUGACAUUUUCUUCAUCGUCAUCAACUCCAAAGACUGUGCAGGCUGAACCUCGAAAAGCAGAGAAGAAAACUUUUCGCUCGAGUGGAAUAUUCAGAUUAAAAUCACCAACUAGAUCUCGCGAAGAAAUGUCUAACAGUUCAAUUGGAAAGACUGAAAAUGUGAAAGCUGGAAUUCCGGAGAAACAAUCUUUUACUUCCAGUGAAAGAUUGAGUUUAAAAUCAACAAAUGAAUCUCGUGAAGGACAUUCUACUAGAUUCUUCUACGGAAACUCACAGACACAAAAAUCUGACGAAAAUUUGACAUUUUCUUCAUCGUCAUCAACUCCAAAGACUGUGCAGGCUGAACCUCGAAAAGCAGAGAAGAAAACUUUUCGCUCGAGUGGAAUAUUCAGAUUAAAAUCACCAACUAGAUCUCGCGAAGAAAUGUCUACCAGUUCGAUUGGAAAGACUGAAGAUCUAAAAUCUGGAAUUCCGGAGAAACAAUUUUUCUCUUCUAGUGAAAGAUUGAGUUUAAAAUCAACAAAUGAAUCUCGUGAAGGACAUUCUACUAGAUUCUUCUACGGAAACUCACAGACACAAAAAUCUGACGAAAAUUUGACAUUUUCUUCAUCGUCAUCAACUCCAAAGACUGUGCAGGCUGAACCUCGAAAAGCAGAGAAGAAAACUUUUCGCUCGAGUGGAAUAUUCAGAUUAAAAUCACCAACCAGAUCUCGCGAAGAAGUGUGUGUCAGUUCGAUUGGAAAGACUGAAGAUCUAAAAUCUGGAAUUCCGGAGAAACAAUUUUUCUCUUGUAGUGAAAGAUUGAGUUUAAAAUUACCAAGUGAUUCUCCUGAAAAGCUGUCACCGUGUUCAGUUAACCGUGUACCAACAGAAACAUCAUUAUCAUUAUCGUCAUCAACUGGACCUGAUUUAAAAAUCACUUCUUCAAAAGUAGAGAAAUCGAAAAAGCAAGAAGCUAAAUUUUCCCAUUCAACAUCAACUUCAAAAAGAGAUGGUGUUGACUCAUCAAUUGAAAGUGGUGCUGGCCCCUCUUCAAAACGAAAGAAAUACAGUGUCGAGAAAUCUACAAUUGGUGUUUCUUCAAACAGAAAAAGAAAGUCAAUUACUUUGGAUAAUGAAAAUAUUGAUAAACCGUUGCAUCAUAAAGUGAGAAGAAGAUUGGAAUUAAUGGGAACAGAAAAGCAUACGGUAAAAGUUUGUUUGGGAAAAUUAUGUAAAUCAGCAAACAUUAAAAAUCGAAUUGAAGAAGAUGCAAAGGUUGUUUCAUCAAUGAUGUAUGAGGCAACAACAAUGGCAUUAUUCGGCCUAUAUGAAGAAACGAAUGUUGAAAAUGUUGAAAAUUGCCCAUCAUUGUUGGAGAAAUGGACCAACAAUGGUCCCGACUUUCUGCCAUUUUUAAUAUCAUUAAAGCAGAAAGUAAAUGCUCAACGUAAAAUAACUGAACAGGAUGCGAAAAUAAAUACAAUGGUCAACGAAUAUAAAGAAUUAAGGAAUGACAUUCCACUUUAUGACGGAGAACAUAGAACGGCAAUAAUUCAGGAGGCAGCUUUAGUGUUGAAUCGAAACUUUAAAACAAAUUUCACGACGCAUGCAGCAUCACGAUUAAGAAGAUAUUUGCAGCUAUUAAUGGAAAUUGAAGACGAAGAAAAAAAUCAUAUGGAAGUAGAUGAAAUUCAAGAAAUUUGUUCAGUUUACCGUAUCAAAAAUGAUAAUGAUGAAAAAAUAAAAAUUAGGAGUUUUAAAAAUAGCAUUAAAAAUGAACAAAGAAAAGAAUUUCAAAAAUCUCGAAAACAAUUUCCAGAUGAAAUGCGAGAAAAAAAAACAUCAGACUACUGCGAUGAAAGAUAUGUUCGACAGGAAAAAUAUCUCAAACAUUGCGAUAAAGUCUAUUAUAAAAAAAGGCCAAGAAGGCGAAGAAAAAAAUCGAAAAAGGAAAAAGAAGAAGAAAAAGAGAAGAAUAAGGAAAAAGAAGAAGAAGAAAAAGAGAAGAAUAAGGAAGAAGAAGAAGAAAAAGAGAAGAAUAAGGAAAAAAAGAAAUUUCGAAAAAGAAGGCCUUCAUUUUAUAAACAAUCUGUUGCUGCUUUAAAUCUCCUGCUGCAAAAAAAUGAAUGUCAAGUGAAAGGAUUCCCUACUGAUUUACUACUGAAAAAGGGUGAUAAUGAUAGAAGAAAAUUGGACUUUACAAAAUUGACAAAAGAUGAAGAAUGGCAUAAAUUUUUGCCAUUUUUCAUUAUGAUUCAACAAGAAUUUCAUGAUAAAAAGAAGAAGAAUUUCACGUUAAUUCCACAAAUUUCAUUAGGCGUGAAGCAUGUGGUUUAUACAAAUACUGCUUUAAAAGAAUUGCAAACGGCAACUGUUAUUCAAGAAAUUAAAGAAAAAAAGGCAAUUUUACAAAAAAAGAAAAGAAAAUCAGGAACGAAUAAGGAUCAUCUUCAAAGAGCAGUUGAUAAGAUGGACGAUGAAAUGAAGCGCUUAAGAGAAAUGAACAAUGAAGAAAGGUGGAAUUCAAUGUUCAACUUUAAAUCAAUCCAAAGAGGUCGAAAAAAAUUAAAGAAUGGUGGUAAAUUUUCUGGUACAAUAACGACAAAUGGUGUGGACGUGUCAGUAAUUUUUGAUUUACCCACAAAACAUGAUGUUGUGCAAUCAAAGAAGAAAGUUGGAAGUUACAAAAAAUUUUGUGGUUUUGAUCCUGGUGCGAGGGCGACUCUGGCUGGCGUCAGUAGGGAAAACGAUCCUAAUCCAACCACUAAUGUAAAAAAGGAUUCAGCUAUUUACAUUGGUAGUUGGAUGAUGAGAUGGCAGAUGGGCGACUACAGAAGAAGAGAAUUAAUGAAGAAAAAAGGUAUAGACAUGCAAAAAUAUUACAAGCAACUUGCUGAGGAUCCAUUGAUGGAAAAUUUUUGCAUGACUAAUCCUCGAGAUCGCCAUCGCAUAACAAAAUAUAGAAUACAUCUUUUACAAAAUUUCCAAUCACUUCAUCAAAAAAGAUCCGUAACGCGUUUAAAAAUAGAUCAAUAUUCGGCGCACAAACGACAAGUUGAUCAACUUGUAAAUUGGAUAGUAGGUGAUACAAGGAAGAAACCCUGUUUCGUUGCUAUUGGUGGAGCAGAAAUACCUAAUUUUAUCAAGGGAUACACUAAAGCUCCUUUGAAACGUAUUCAACAAACUCUUUUCCAAAGAUCAGAAGAAUUAGGAAAAGAUAAAUUGCAAGUCGUGAAAGUAAAUGAGUUUAAUACAACAAAAAUGUGUAGUCGCUGUGUGAGACCACUUAAAAUAUCCAAGAGUCCCCAUCGAUACACUUAUUGUGCGAAAUGCAAAACAACGUGGGAAAGAGAUGUAAAUGCAGGGCGUAAUAUUCUUAAUCUUGCACUUGUUCAAGAGAAAAUCAUACCAAAGGAUUCCAUAAAAAAUCACCAUCUAUUUCGGAUGAAGAAUGAUGACAUUGAACAUGAGGCUGCAGAAUUGCAGAAAUAAUUUUUCCCAUCACUUUCAACAUUCAUUUUUAAAUCACUAAGUAAAUCUCUUAAAGGACAAUGAAAAGGAGGAACCUCGACAACCGGAAAUACAAAUUUCUACGAUGGACAAUAUACUGCUUAAUUGCGGAAAUAAUUUAACAAAACAUUAUUCGGUCCUGGUGGUGAUGGCUUUUUGCCAUUGUACAUACCGGGGAUCUCUUGAGAUCCGAACCAGCCUGUAAAAAGGCAUACCAGGUUUUUUAAGAAAUUAAAAAACAUGCUACUUCUUUUAUUGAUUAUUGUUUGAAUUUUUCAAAUUUUUUAUAAAAACAAAAGCACAUUUGUGUUUUUUUUUAUAAAUUAAAAUAAUCAAUAAUAGGA